CGAUUUUUCGACGACAUUGUUUUCAAAAAUCAAGAAAGUCGUAGAAGAGUUACACGAUAAUUUACGUAAUUGAAUGUGUAGUUAAAAUAAGUAUGUGAUUGUAUCGGCCUGCUAUCCCGAUAACGAGACAAUGGAUAGCGGGGACAGGAUCUUGGUGGCCGCAGGGCUGACCGCCGCUGUGGUGGUGGGUGCGUUCGUGCUAUGGGGCCCGGGGGGUGCUCCGAAGAUGCGGAAGCGGCGCGGGCAGAUCGCGGGGCUCCAGAACCUGGGCCGGACGUGCUUCCUGAACACGCUGCUGCAGGCGCUGGCGGCCUGUCCGCUCUUCAUCGACUGGCUGAAGAAGUACGCGAAGGCCGACAGCCACAACAGCAUGAUUACCACGCUCUACACAGUCAUUGAAGUUGUAAACGGCACUCACGAGGCAGCCCGCGGCACACCAGUCUGCCCGCUGGGUGUACUCCAAGCCCUCCGGGCUGCCGGCUGGGUGGUGCCGGCCGACCAGCAGGACGCACAUGAGUUGCUGCACGUGCUGCUCUCUUGCAUUGAGGAGGAGACUAUAGCCAUGUCCAAGAAGCCCGGUUGCCUCUCGGACGCGCUCGGGCUCGGCGGCGGGCGCGCGUGGUCGGCGCUGGCGUCGCCCGCGUCGCCACCCGCCGCGGGGCUGGGCGGCGCGCGCGCCGACUCCACGCCGCCCACGCCCAGCACCCUGGCUAUGCGGCCGCAGUCUGCAGCUGCUGGGGACGAGCCUGGCCUAGUGGACCCGGAGCCAGAGGAGGCGCCACCUCCCCGGCGGCUCGCUAAAGGCGUGUCGCGCUCGUUCUGCCACCUCAGCUCCGUGGGGCGGCGCUGGGUGCCCGCCGCGCCCGCCCGCCCCGCGCCCGCGCCGCCCUUCAGGGGAACCCUCGCCUCCCGGCUGCAGUGCACCGUGUGCGGCAGCAAGAGCCCGAUCCGGUACGACAAAUUCGACAGCAUCUCGCUGUCCAUGGCGAAUGCAGCCGUUGGCAACACGGGGACCUACAGUCUUGCUGGGCUUCUGCGCGCUUUCACAGCGCCGGAGAUGGUGAAAGGAGUCCGUUGCAACAAGUGCUCGCCAGAUACACCGCUCAAUACGCAGCACAUUCGCACUGUUAAUUUCGGAAAGUUGCCAGCCUGCCUCUGCCUGCACAUCGGCCGCGUGGAGUGGGCGGGCGGAGCCCUGAGCAAGAGGACGGAGCUGGUGGCCUUCCCCGAGACCGUCGCCAUGGCGCCCUACACGCAGGCCCCUCCGCCCGCGACGGACCUAGUCUCCCUGAUGAGCGGCGGUCGCCUCCGCGCAGCAGACCCUGAACAGAGCGAGAGCUCAUCGCGCGCGCUGUACAGGCUAGCGGCUGUAGUCGUGCAUGUAGGAGGCCCCAGGUCCGGACACUUCGCUACGUACCGCCGGGGGAACGGGUUCGAAGCCCGCAGAUGGUGGUACACCUCCGAUACUCUAGUCCACGAGGUGUCUCUCUCGGAAGUCCUCCGCUGCGCAGCCUACAUGCUAUUCUACGAGCGCGCACCCACGCACGCCACUCACGCACACACGCACGGAGCGCACACGCACGCGCCCGGCACGCCCGCGCACGCGCACGCGCAGCCGGCGUCGCUUGACGCGAAUACGCAUCACAUUUGAUUCGACGCCAGCUCCUUGUUCGCGCUGCCUAGGUAUUUAUCUGAUCGGUUGAGAUGUAGGCCGCUUGGGCCGUAUUAAACCAGUGGUUUAUUUUCGGAUUUUAUAAGGAAGGAGAAGUAAUUAUUAGGUUUUACACCAUUGAAGUUGCUUAAAACUCUGGUCCGAACGCGAGCUAGUAAG